UCUCCUUCUCGUGUUUCGAGGUGCUUUCUCUUUAUCGACUUGGCUGGUUGGAAUGGUGGGGUGGAACAAAGCGGAUGUGUAGUUAUCGUGGAGUUCUCCCGAUAAUGGAUCGAAGAACAUUUGGCAAUGUGCCCGCAGCCUCGGCCAUACCUCUUUUCCCGUCCUCACUCUCUUGCCUUAACUGUUUUCACUGAAGUUAGCUGUCAUCCUCUCUGCUGCGAGGGCGGGCGUCAAGGGUCGGCCAUGGUCGAAGUGUUGCCUCGUUCAAAUGCCUCUUCCAACUGAGGCAAGCGCUUUCUAAGUUUAAAAGGACGGAGAGAGAGAGAGAGAGAGAGGCCACUCUUGAUUGGAUAGUGUAUGCAUAACUACGGACAGCACAUGGGAUCGAUAGACACAUCUUGCCCCUUCCGAGGUAUGAGGAUGGCGGGGAGAGGAGAGGGAUCGAGACUACGACCCAUGGAUGGGCUUGACGUUGCAAAGAAGCCGGCGACGUAUUCACCAGGGGAGAGCUCGUAGUCAACUGCUCAAUCAGUAGGUCCCGAAGUUGGAGGCCACCAGCUGCUCGGAUCGUGCUGCACUGAUAUUAUUUCCCAACAAUAUCAUCAACAUCAUUCAACCCGAUAGCGAUACUUUGCAAGUGUAUUGAAUCUGGUAGCGGUGUGGCCAGUUGAAGUGGAGGGCCAUCGGGACCUCCAUCAAGACAUCAUUUGAGGAAAGCAAAUCAAAGGCCAAACUAAUUCCACCUGGCUCAUGGUGAAAAAUAUUGUUAAAGGGACAAGUAUCUGAGGCCAAGUGUUAAUACGGCAUGUGCGAAUGGACUUUAAGCAACGGCAAGUUCGUGGGUGUGCGAGAGAGGAAGAAGAGAGAGAGCUAGAGAGGGGGAGAGAGAGAGAGGCUCUAUGAAUCAGAAGGAACUGCUGGCAAGGAAGCAAACCAGGGACACCGAAUCUCCGUUCUGUGAGGGAGAGCAGAAAGAGGAGAGGGAGAAGAAGGAGAAGGAGAGAAGGCUCCUAUUUGACGUCGCGUCGGCCGUUGCUCUGCUCUCCACGUUCGAAGUUGUUUUAAAUAUCUCUCCCUGAUAAACGUAUGUGUACUUGUACAAGUGCCUCGACGAAAAGAACCACUCACAAUGAGAUCGAGAGCAAGCACAUCAAACUCCCCGCACAACUUCUCCGAACGACCGAGUGAAAACAAGUGUGAGCAUCGCCAUCAUGGGGAUCAUGAUGAUUGAUACCUUCGAGUCCUGGGCCACACUCUAUCUAGUCAAAAAAUAGUCCUGUAAUGAAUUGAAUUCAGCAACAACAUGCCACGACGGACAGUCAAAAUUGUGCCAUCACCAUUUGUGGUUCUCCCUGAACUACCAAUCAUUAAGAAAGAGAAAUUGGAACCAGAGAACAAUGAAUGGGUUGAAAAUUCUCGAUCCAUCUUGUCGACUCCAAAAUCUGCCAGCUAUUUAAUUACAGGAACAAGUGCAAUCAAUAAUAAUGAGAAACUUGAGGAGCAAAUUGUUAUCAAACAAGAACCCAUUGAUAAGGCCGAGACUGGGGUCGACGAAGUGCCUGAUGAGCUAGAUUCCUCACGGGUUGUGUCAAUAGAUCAAGUUAUCACAAUCAAGACCGAGGCGAGAGCUCUCAGUGAUGACGACGACGAUGAUGUUGUUGGAGAGCAAGAAGUCGACGUGGACAAACUUUCACACGGCUCACUCAAGGAUGGAAGUAGCAAUGAAGAAGACGAAGAAGACCAAGAUAUGGAUGAUGAUUUUGAAUUUGAGGAUGAUAGUAAUGAUUCCGACUUUGAGAUGGAUUUAUCGGAAGAAGUCGAUUCGCCUGUGGCGCCAACUCAUCAAAACAAUACUGAUAGUCCCGACUCCCUGGUUCUGGACAUGAACCUCGUCAAAGAAGAGUUGGAGGACAUUGAUGUAGACGUAGAAGAUCAGCAUGUAGAUGAUGAUGGGUCGAAUUCGGCCACGGAGGGAGAUGAGGAUUCCCUCGUAAACGCCAAGAGAGGAUCGUUUGAUUUUAAUGGAACUAGGAUUGAAACCAUAGGCAAUUAUUCGAAAUGUCCCAUCUGUAAGAAGAAUAUUAAAUCCACGUUCAUCAUUCGACACAUCAAACUUCACAAUCAGCCGGAAGAGAAAUAUAAAUGUCCGGAGAAGAAAUGUAAUCUGAUGGUGAACCGGAUCAACAAUCUCUUUCGGCACCUUAAAGUUGUACACAGAAGCAAGAAACCGUACCUGUGUAAAGAUAGGAAUUGUGUGGAACGGUUUACGAAAGCCAGCGAGCUUCGGACGCAUUUCGCUAAGCAUCGUGAGGAGCGAAGAAAGCUCGAGGCGGAUCAAGAGGGCCCGAAUAAGAUAUAUGCUUGCGAGUUUCCCGGUUGCGGCAAAGAGUACAAGAAACGCCACCACCUCAAGGAACAUGAGCGAAAGCAUACUGGAGACAUGAAAUACGCGUGCGAAGUCUGUGGCAAGCGGUUCUACAUUCAAGCGCACAUGAAGCGGCACCUGUACUCGCAUACUGGAAUCAAACCCCAUGUCUGCCGUUGGAAGUGUGGAGCAAUCUUUGCCAGUUAUGGAGGACGAAUGAAGCAUGAGCGCAUCAACCACUACGACGAGAAUCCCCUUCAGAGCAAAUGUGAUAUUUGUGGCCGACCAUUCAAAAACCAACAGCAACUAGUCAAGCACCGAAUGACUCAUUUGAAUCCUGAUGAGCGCAAAGAUUAUCGAUGUUCAUACUGUCAUAUCAUGUUCGACACGAUCAAGCUCAGAGAGAGGCACGAGGAGCGUCACAAAGACGGAGAAGUAUUUAGUUGUGAAACUUGUGAGAAGGUGUUCAAAAACGAAAAGAACCUGAAUCAUCACAUAAAGACGCAUCACAUCAAAGCGCUGGACAAAACCACCACCCCCAAUUCCAAAAAGACGAAGAAAGAGCCACCUCCGAAACAUCCGUGCCACAUAUGUGGGCCACCCAAAAUGUAUUGCCUUACGAGUCUCCGGCGGCACUUAGCUCGUAUUCAUAGUACAAACUUUAAAUGCCCUCGAGAAGAAUGUGGCAAAUGCUUCAAGGAGAAGUUCCAAUUGGAUGCUCAUGUUGAGAUCCAUCGGCUCCGAGAGUGCCAUUUAUGCGGUAAAAAGUUUCAACGUAAACAGAACGCGGAUAUCCACUUACUUGGAGUUCACGCCUUAACCGUGGCAGAUUUGAGCAAAUUAGGGCGAUGGAAUCCGAAGAACGAAGGCGAGACUGCUCCAGACUACAUGACUCGUAAGACCAACGUGACCUUCAAAAAUUUUAGGAAGAAGGGGAAAGGAGGUUCAACCAAAGAACAAAGUGAGCUCAUGGACGAGGAGAGUAGUUCUUUGACGGGCGAAAACGCCUCCAGUCUUGAUGGGACGGAAAUCCCGCAGGAUACCAAUUCCUCGUCGAAUGAUUUCAUCGCUAUUGAUGAUAUCAAGGAUGAGCCAGUUGACAUUUCCUGAACUAGUCUAUCAAUAGGGUUGCUGUUUUAUUUUCUUUUCUUGCAUGUGUUUUGCUUUCGUUGGGAACUCCUUGAUUUUUUGAUUGAUUUAAUCUACCCAAUAAUUUAGGAACAUUUUUGCCAAAGAUCCAACCAAUUGUUACCAUCAAACAUCACCUUGUGAACCAUUGAACCAUUAACCCACCAGACACACCACCCUUACCUGCAAUCACUACCAAAUCAAAACUAGUCAAACUUUCAACCUAUCCAAAAUGAUAAUCGGAUGCAGAGGCAUUGGAAUAUUUAGUCGAUGUUGUUGAAUUUUCGUUCAAAGUCAAUUGAGAACUGUGUUGUUGUUUUUUUUUGUUUUUGUUUUUGCAAACAUCAUUGUUGUGAAAUACACUUUCAUGAAAAAAAUUUA